AUGUCACAAAUUGCAACAUCGAUUGAACUUGUGAGCUAUCCUGAGACAUCGAUUCCAGCCCUCACAGCCAAACCAUUGGGCAAUGGGGGAAGCAAAGAUACGCCUUCGAUAGCUGAGGAUUUGCGUCCUAUCAAUGUGGCCCAGGACUCCUUCGCUGCUGAACAACGGGAUGGUCCUGGCAAGGGAACGACUGCUAUCGUCUUGGUGACGGUCGUGUGUGUUACCAUGGUCAGCUCUAUGCUGUCGGGUGUCAUGACUGUGACUCUGCCUACAGUUGCACGCGAACUAGAGCUCGCACCUAGUGUGCUCUUAUGGCCAAUCUCCAUCUACGCUUUGACUUGCGGCUGCACUCUUCUCCUCCUCGGUUCCGUCGCCGAUGUCGUCGGCUCCCGACCUAUGUAUUUGGUAGGAUGUCUUCUCCAAUCCGCCUUCACACUGGCAUGUGGAUUGGCGCAGACCGGAACACAGCUUAUUGUUUUCCGUGCCUUCGCCGGCGUAGCAAUCUCCUUCUGCCUCCCCUCGGCUGUCAGUAUCAUCACCAGCACCUUUCCAGAAGGCAAGAGCAGAAACAUUGCAUUUGCAUCCAUGGGCGGUGGCCAACCCAUAGGUUUCUCCUUUGGACUCGUGCUCGGGGGUAUCUUCGCUGAUACCAUUGGAUGGCGGUGGGGUUUCCACCUCAGUGCGAUCACUAACACGAUCGUCUUCGUUCUCGGGCUGUUCGGUCUGCCAAAAGUCGACAACAAGCAGCCACACGUGUGGUCUCGCUUGAAGAGCGACAUUGACUGGGUCGGCAUCCUCUUUGGAAGCGCAUCAUUGGCGCUCCUCUCAUACUGUUUCGCUUUGAUCUCCGAAGAGACUGCUAGAAUCCGAGAGCCCACGACACUCGGUCUGCUCAUUACUGCGAUUGCUCUCAUCCCGGCAUUCAUUUUCUGGGUUGGCAGGCAGGAACGACUGGGCCGGCCCGCUAUCAUCCCGAAUUCACUCUGGCGCAACCGCAUCUUCAGCAUCAUCUGCAUCGGGGUCUUCAUCACAUGGGGAACUUUCAAUGCGGUGGAGUCGUACCACACGCUCUUCUUCCAGAACGUGCAGAAGCUAUCAGCAAUCCAGACGUCGAUCCGAUUCCUGCCCGGACCAGUAGCCGGGGCUCUCGCCAAUCUGGUAAUGGGCCUGAUUGCUCACAGGGUUCGAGCUGACUGGGCGGUAACCGUCGGAUUGUUUUGCACGACUCUUGGCGGGCUGCUUAUGUGCAUCAUACAGCCGGAAUGGUCGUACUGGAGCUGCGCGUUCCUUUCUGUGUUCUUCAAUCCUAUUGGUGCGGAUGCGUUGUUCACAGUCUCGAACCUUGUCAUCACCUCUGUGUUUCCAGCGCGGACGCAGGGACUCGCAGGCGGCGUCUUCAACACGGUAGCGCAAAUCGGCAAAAGUGUAGGGCUGGCAACCAGUGCUGUCAUUGCGUCUAGUGUUACGGAGCAUUCGGGUUAUAUCGAGAAGGAAAGUCCUGCAGCACUCAUGGAGGGGUUCCGUGCGGCGUUCUGGUAUCUGUUUGCGUUGAGCUGCGCUACGGGGCUGCUGUUGGGGUGGGGGUUGAGGGGAAUUGGGCGAGUGGGCAUGAAGAGGGAGUGA